AUGGACCAAGAUGCAGAGGGCAAGGACAAAGGAGAGCCAUUGGCAUUGCUUGCUGACGUUUCUCCAAUCCAAUGGCGCAACAAGCAAGCUAUAGCUAGUAAUAGCCGCAGUUCAACCAAAGUUGAGAAGGUGGCUAGGAUUUCGGUCAGCUACAUUCUUCUUUGCGGUCAAGUUAUCUUGCUACUAACAGUGUUGCUUUUGCAAUGUUUGGAAGGAAUACACCAGACACAUCCGGAGAGAGCAACAGCUGCAUUCAGUGAGCAGCCACAGGAUAACGUCACUCGUAUCGUACCAGUUGAAUGCGUGAGUUAUACGGAACUAUAUGAAUAUAGGCCCCCGUCGCCAGUUGUCUUCUGCAGCCAUCGAUUUGAGGAACCCUGUCAAGAUCCAGUGGACCAUGCACAGAACCCCACUGCCAUUCUGGAGAUGGGACAUGGUUGUUGGAAGUUUGGAGUGCAGGUACACAAAGAUGUGAAUCACACACCAGUCAUCUACGACAUUGAGUGUGCUGGACCCAGGGAGUUCCUGAGAGGGAAUGAGCCGUGCAUCAAAUACGCUGGCCACUAUUUCAUCACCACUCUGCUGUAUUCCUUCUUCCUGGGGUGCUUUGGAGUGGACCGGUUCUGCCUGGGGCACACAGGCACAGCUGUGGGCAUGCUGCUGAACCUAGGAGGCCUGGGCAUCUGGUGGCUCGUGGACCUCAUCACUGGAGGCCUGAUGCCUAGUGACAGCAGCAACUGGUGCACCUUCUACUGAGACCCGUGAGCAUGGGUUGAAGACCUUUUAAGGGAGAAGGGACUGCCCACUGCCACCACAAACUCCCCCGGCCGAAGGUCAGACGAGUGGCCCAGCAGAAGCACCGGCAGUGGACUCUACAGAACAAGGCAAACAUAGAGAUCAUAUAAAUCACAAAUCCACUGUUU